AUGAAGGAAAUUCAGCACUUGUUUGGAGAUCUGAAUGAAACUAUUUGCAGUGAAAAGAAGUUAACAGUGUUAGAGCUUCUACAAGAAAAAGCAUUUGCAGAAUUCGAAAAAAACUGUCAGACUGACACAUGGUUGACACUCUCAUUUUCUAUGUUAGUAUUUUUAACUGCUGCAAUCACUGUCGUUUUCCUUGUGAAAAAAUAUCGUGUUCAUGUGGACUAUAUUAUUUUGAGUUUACGUAGCAGGUGGAAAGGUGUUGUAUAUUCCGCUGCGAGAGAAGACUGUCAGUUCGAUGCUUUUAUAUCUUAUGCCGAAGAUGACUAUAGUAUUGUUAGCACUUUAUUAUAUCAAUCGCUAACAAGGAAAGGAUUUCGAAUAAGUUUUUCAGAUAAAGAUUUCACUCCUGGAUUAACUAAAGCUGAUGAACUCUUGUGGUUUGUAGACAACAGUAGGAAGGUUGUAUUUUUUGUCACUGAAAACUUUCUAGCCAAUGGUUGGAAUUCGUAUGCUGUACAGAUGGCUGUGACUCAUUCGUUUCAUAACAAUCGGAAACAAUCUCUUAUAGUGAUAAUUAAAGACAAUAUUCCCAUAAAAAGAAUGCCAAAAGAUUUGCGAUAUAUCUGGUGGUCCAUUUUGAGUAUAAGGUGGCCAGAAACUACUGAGCUGAUGGAGCAGUUUUGGGGUGAACUUUCUUGUGCCUUGAAAUCGGAUUAA